UAAUUGAAAGCUCUCCAGAAAGAUUGGGAUGGGUUGAACCAUCAUUGAAAUUUGGUGAAGAAACUGUAAAACUGGUUCGGUCGAUUGGUGUAGGCAGAGCUAGUGUUGUGUAUGAAGGAAUAUACAAAGACAUAAAUGUGGUCGUGAAAAUGAUGAAAAAGGCAAAUUAUUUGCCCUGCUUCGAAAGAGAAAGAGCUGCGUUGGAAGAACUUUCGGA